CCUGUCCCCCUCGCGACACUGACGCCGCUCGCCAAUUGCCUCCCCUUCCUCUGCUCCAUUUCCCUGCAGAUUCCCCCUUCCCCGCUGUGCCCGUACGCGCGCGCAAACCGGGAACCCCAAGAAUCAAUCGCGUUGACGGGUCCCCGUCCAAUCCGCCUGACUUUGGCAACAACAACCCCGCGUCCAAUGUUCUGAAGAUCUCCGACCAUCCAAUAUGGAAGCCGAGUCGCCCCUCUCGUCGCCCCAGCCGGACCCGAGCCAGAGCGAUGCGUCCCCAUCCGCAGACAGGAGGAAGUCCGGCCGCGUGACGCGCAAACCCCAGCUGUUUUCGCAGAGCUAUACCGCCGCCAACGGCGAGGCCGCCGGCGGAGCCAAACGCAAGCGCACUGCCACCGCCGAUGAUAAUGAGGAAGACGAUCAGAUAAGCGAGGACGCGUCGGAGUCCGAGAGCGCCAACGCCAGUGACGAAGACCCCGAUGAAGAAGAACUGCGGGAGAAGAGGCGUGCCGCGCGCAAGGCCGCCUCGAAGAAACAGUCCUCCGCGCCCAAACCGAAGCCCAAGUCUCGUAGUGCGAAGAAGCCCAAGGUCGCUGGCAACGGGCUGGCGAGCCGGUUGGCCUUGCGGCCCGCUGCCAAUGGGAAGAAGCCGGUCUCCCGUCCCAGGCAGAUGAAGGCGCGACUCACCAUGGCCGCUCGCGAAAGCGGUCUUUACGCGGAGGUCUUCGGCAAAGGUCGGAACGUCGAGACGGUCGCCGCGGAGUGGCUUACACAUUACCAGGAAUCCCAAUCAGAAGCUAUGUGCGAUAUGGUGAACUUCAUGCUGAAAUGCUCUGGAACCGACUUGCAAGUCAACAACGCGGAUAUUGGAGAUGUCGACAACGCACCACGCCGCGUCGAGGAUCUCCAGAAUCAGUACCAUGAGUUGGGUAUCUCCGAAUACCCUCUCAUCUCGAAGUCGAGGAAGCUGAGGGCUUUCCAGCCCGUUCUGGAGAACUUCUUCGGCACGUUGAUACAAACCCUGCAUCAUUCCUCCGUGCUAUACAACGACCCCAAUCUCUUCGAAAACAUUCAGAUCUGGAUCUCCAGUCUAUCCACCUCCCGGUGUCGGCCUUUCAGACAUACAUCCACCAUAAUUUCCCUGGCCACGAUGAAUGCUUUGUGUGACAUUGCGCGGGACGUCAACACCAUGGUCUCCACCUCUCGCAAACAGCUCGAGACCGAGAAGAAGAAGAAGUCGGUCAACAAGGGCAGAGCCGAUGCGAUCCAGACGGCUAUCGACGAGGGCCAAAACAAACUAGAGAUGAUCGAUGAUUAUCUCAAAGAUGGCAUAAACGUUGUUUUCGUCCAUCGCUACCGAGAUGUCGACCCCAACAUUCGCGCAGAGUGCAUGUCGGCCUUGGGACGCUGGAUGCGCAGUUACCGGGAGCACUUUUUUGAGGGUCAGUAUCUGCGGUACUUUGGCUGGAUCCUGGCCGAUUCCGCGCCCCAAGCACGCGCGGUUGUGGUGAACCAGCUGCGCAUUCUCUACGAAAACAAAGACAACAUGGCUGGCCUAAGGUCAUUUACGGAGCGCUUCCGCCAACGGCUGGUUGAGAUGGCAGCCCAUGAUGCCGAUGUCACAGUACGCGCCUCUGUCAUCGAUCUGCUCGAUUUCAUUCGCGAUACCGGACUGAUCGAGCCUGCCGAUGUCGAUACUGUUGGCAAACUCGUAUUCGACUCCGAACCUCGAGUCCGUAAAACGGCUGGUCGUUUCUUCGUCGCAAACGUGCAGGAUGUGUUCGACUCCACGGUUGAAGAACUAGGAGAGGAGGUCAAUGAGCUGUUCGGUGAUGAAGACGAGGACGACUUUGAGUCGCCGAAGCGCUCUUGGAUCAAGUUCAAGUGCUUGGCUGAUAUACUCCAGGCAUAUGACGACCUGGAGAACGAUACGGCCGAGGAGACCAUGGCUUCACGGGAUGCGCUUUCGGGUGCUCCCAUGGAUACGCGCUUUGUGCUCGCUACUGAGGCCAUCUACCCACACUUUGAUGACCUGUCUCACUGGCAGUCCUUGGCUGGGUACCUUCUCUAUGACCACUCCCAGAUUCCAGAGGAGCCUAGUGAGGAUGACACUGCCGGGAUGGUCAGGAAAUCGUACAAGAUGGAAGAAGGUCAGGAAGUAAUCCUGUUGGAGGUGCUGUGCUGCGCCGUCAAGCUGCGUGUUCUUGAAAUCGCCAAGUCGGACAUCGACAAGAGAGGCCGGAAAGUGAAAACGUUGACCGACAAGAUUCCGGAAUUACAGGAGGAGAUUGCACAUAGCCUGGCACAGAUUAUUCCGCAACUACUGAACAAGUACGGUUCCACACCGGAGGCUGCGUUCGCUGUUCUACGGCUCGAGCAUCUGGUCGAUCUCGAGAAGAUCGAGGAUAUCCAGAAGGAUGCGGCUGCGUACACUUCUUUGCUGAACGACAUCAAUAAGCAGUUCCUAACGCACUCCGACCAGGAUGUCUUAGCCGAGGCUAGUGUUGCUUUCCUUCAUGCGAAGAGCUCCGACGACAUGCGCGAGGCACUCGAGGGCAAAGUCCAAGAGCUGUGGGAAAACGUGGUCGAUACUCUCGCCACCUUAUCCCAGAACGAGGAAGUGGCAGACGGUAGCUCGAUAUCCCCAGCAACGCUUAACGAACUCAUCAACACAGUGAUCAGGAUUUCAAACCUGGCCAGUGUAACAGACUGCUCUCAUAUCCUGGAAAGCAUGCCCUCGGGGGCGAAGGGAAAGAGCGCAGAUCAUUCGGAGGCGCCUUUCAACACUCUGAUGCAUCUGGCGCAGCGUGGCUUGCGCGUAGAAGAGGAUGAUGAAGAUCUGGCCCGGGCAGAAACCGAGCUGGUGACUAGCAGUAUACGGACUCUGCUGUUCUACUUCAUGUGGAAGGUGCAGACGCUAACCACGGGCCUGAAUGCCGGGAAAGCGUCAUUCAACACUGCCUACUUUGAGGCUCUAACCAAAGGCCGUGAGAUGUUCAUCGCCACCCUCGUUGCUAUCAUGAAACAGCGCUCGGGCCUGGACGACAUACGCUUCUCCGCAGCCACGACCCUCUUGGAUCUGCAGACCUUGUUCGGCACUCUUCGCCAUGCUGGAAUGACCGCGAGCAACGACGACGACGUGAUCCUCCAGACCCAAAGUCUUGUCCAUGAGAUCGGACCCGAGCCCAAGAACCUCAUUUCCAAGAUCCAUGGCGUAGCAGAACGCACUUAUGCCCGGAAAAUACGUCUGCCCUUGGAGCCUGCAGAUGACGACGCGCCUUUAUCCGAUGACGAAAUCGCCAGAGCGCCCCAGGACGAGGACAACGAGUCCGAAGCCGACGAGCCCAUAGACGACGAGCGGUUACGCUCCAGCAUCGUAGCAGAACAAAAGCUAUGCGAGCUGACCGGCAAGAUCGUUCUCGCAAUCGUAGGGCGCAUCAUCGAUGCUUCAGGCGGAACUACCGCGAGGUUCUCUCCUACCUGGACGACCGCAAGCCCAAGGCCGCAGCACCUCGAGCCACCCCGUCGAAAAGUAAACAACCCGCUGCGCGGAACGCAUCCAAAGAUCAGAACGGCGCCGGCCCCAGCAAGCGAACGGGGAACCACAAGUCCGCGGAGAGAAUAGACGAGGAAGACGAUGAGGACGAGCAUGAGCAUGAGCAUGACGAGGACUCCCACGUCGAGGAGGACGAAGAGGAGGAUCUACGAGCCAAGGGUCUCCUCGAGGAGGAGAACAUCGACCAUGACCAUGACAAUGAUGAGGAAGAGGACGCUGCUCCCGAUCCAGACGAGGAUGAAGUUAUGGGUGAUUAGUUCCAUUUU